GGGAGGGAAAAGAGGGGAGGGCAGAGAUAUCAUAUUGUUCAUUUCUCCCUCUCAGUCUGCCCUCCCGGUUGCGGGGCUUAUUGCUCGGUGCGUCUUGGAGAGAAGAGAGAGAGAGAGAGAGAGAGAGAGAGAGAGAGAGGGGAGGGGGAGGAGAGAGCGAAAGAGGGCGGAAUGCCCCUUUACAAGCGUCGCAUCUGACUAAAACAGCGGAGAAGCUCGUAAAUCGGAAAUUGGACAGAGAGGGAGACAGUGGUUUCUGCAACGCCAAGGUGAUGUUGGAAAGCUUCAAAAGAGUCCUCGCAAAUUUGACAUUGACUUCCAAUCGAUGCUGAUGUGUUGCAGAGCCCACGGACACAGAUGUAUCCCGCCGUUUACUGUUGGAGCUAGAUGACUAAAAGCCAACUCUGCUCCCAAACUUGCAGCGAAGACAAAGAGACAACUUUUCUGCAGGCUCUCGUUUCUGGUCUUGGAAACAUUAGGAAAAUAACAAGCUAAAGGUUAUGCAUGCAUUGCAGGCAUAACUCCCCAUUCCUCAGCCAAAUCUCUUUGUAAAGAAAAUUUUUCAUGUGGAGUGUCUCCGCUCUGACUUGCAAAUUCAACAUGGCCCAGAACCUCGAGAGUCAAGUUCAAUAAAGGGAAAGCGAGAGGGGUGGGUGUCGCUCAGUCAUACAUGGGCACGUCAGUCUGGUCUCUGUGAUCCAGACCAAGACACCCUGCAGAGCCCCUCCUGUUCUUCCUUUAUUGCUGCUGGCCCCCUUCGCUUCCCCUGCCUCCUCUUUCUCAGUUCACGCCCUGUAAAAGGUGGACGGGCCAACACUCUACCUACCCAAGCGCCGUCCGAUAGGUGAGGGCGGCGAGGGCUGCGCUGUCAUUGGCUGACUGCUGGUGAGAGUGCGAUGCGGAUUGGAGGAUGUCGGGGGACUGGGAUGAAGACCUGUGUAAGAAGGCGCUGGUGUUGGUGGAGGAGCUGUGCUUCAACUCUCCGAGAGGCUACAGCCAAAGUGAACGCUGCCAAGAGUUCAGCUACCUGCUGAGAGGUCGCAACAGACAGCUGGACACAGAGAUCUCUGUCAGUCUGCUGUCGGUCAUAGUCACUUUCUGUGGCAUCGUCCUCCUGUCCGUCUCCCUCUUUGUCUCUUGGAAGCUCUGCUGGCUGCCAUGGCGGGACAAGGAGGGCGGAGGCCUGAGCCUCACAUCAGGGCUGCUGCCCGGAAGCGCCGGCGUCGGGAGCCUGGGAGGCGGGUCGCUCUUACCACCGCUGAUGCAGAGGAAGGAGGGCCACUCCUCGUCCUCGCUCUACCCCACCCUGGGCCAGCACCACCCCCACUUCUCUGACCUGGUGGGGCUGGAGAGGGGGGAGGUCGGAGGUGUGGUUGGAGGGCCACAGGAGACCCAGGAGCACUCCUACCUGGAUAUGGACUCCUACCCCAAUAAUGCCGGAACUCUGAAGCUGAGUCAGACGUCUCCAGAUGUCCCCAACUCAGAGGUUGCAGCCCAUCCCCAUAAAGACCUGCCCAACGCUCAUUCCCAGCAGCAGGUCACCUCAAGGCCCAAGCCCAUGACUCACCAGCUCUCCAGCCCUGAUUUCCACGGUGAGGAGAAGGAGCAGGUAACCAGCAUCGGGCAGAUUAAACCGGAGCUCUACAGACCCAAGGGCGACCAGGGCGAAGGCAAACAGGGCGACACCUGCGGCAAGAUCAGCUUCCUCCUGCGCUACGCCUUCAACACGGAGCAGUUGGUGGUGAAGAUCCUGAAAGCUCUGGACCUGCCAGCAAAGGACGCCAACGGCUUCUCCGACCCGUACGUGAAGAUCUACCUACUGCCAGACAGGAAGAAGAAAUUCCAGACCAAGGUCCACAGAAAGACCUUGAACCCAGUGUUCAACGAGACGUUUCAGUUCGGCGUGCCGCUGAAUGAGCUACAUUCCAGGAAGCUGCAUUUCUCAGUGUACGACUUCGACCGCUUCUCCAGACACGACCUGAUCGGCCAGGUAGUGGUGGACAACCUGCUGGACUUCAGUGAGGGCAGCGGGGACAAACCCAUCUGGAGGGACAUCGUGGAGGGCACCGCGGAGAAGGCUGAUCUCGGGGAGCUUAAUUUCUCGCUGUGUUACCUGCCCACUGCAGGCAGGCUCACGGCUACAGUCAUCAAGGCCACCAACCUCAAAGCCAUGGACCUGACUGGCUUCUCAGACCCGUACGUGAAGGCCUCUCUGAUCUGUGACGGGCGAAGGCUAAAAAAGAGGAAGACCUCCAUUAAAAAGAACACGCUGAACCCCACGUACAACGAGGCGCUGGUGUUUGACAUCCCCAAUGAAAAUAUAGAGAGUGUUUCCCUCAUUAUUGCAGUGAUGGACUAUGACUGUAUUGGUCAUAACGAGGUUAUAGGGAUGUGUCGUGUGGGCAGUGAUGCUGAAGGUCCAGGGAGGGAGCACUGGGCAGCCAUGCUGGCCAAUCCACGCAAACCAAUAGAGCACUGGCAUCAGCUUGUGGAGGAAAAAGCGAUCGGUACGUUUGUGUCGAAGAGCGCUACAACAUCCUCCCCGAAGCCUCACAUUGUGGUGGACAGUCCUCACUCCGAUUAAAACUGUCACGAUCGUCUCUUCAGCUCCUGACUUUUUCCUUUCUUCCCUCUCAUCUGUGAAUAAUUCUCUCCAUCAAAGAACGAGAGACACAGAGACACUGCUGGUGUCCAACUGCUAGUGCUGUUUUGCUCCUGCUAAUGAAUCCUCCAAGUCCUGUGCUGUCUUUACCAAGCCGGGGGGGUAAAAAAAAUAAAAUAAAAUAAAAAAUAAACAACAGCAUCCAUCACGAGCUACACUUUGAACAUCAGACUACACAUUUACAAACACAUGCAGACACUAAAUGGUACACUAGGACUCAUAUCGGGUGUAAAUUUGGACUCUGGCGUGGGGAUGCACACACAUACCUCUCUCUCACACACACACACACACACACACGAAUACACACAGAGUUUGUAGUAUGUGCGUAGUUCAUGUGUGCUUCAGAUUAGUGUAGUAUUUCAUCUAGGAGGAGUGUGACGUGACAAAACUUUUCUCUCUUGAAAAUAAAAAAAGGAAGACAGAAAGAAAGAAAGAAGAAAAGGAAGCCAUCCCAGAGUGGUCUUUUCAACCAGGACCAAAGGUUCAUGCUGUUGUACAGACUAUAAAAGAAGAAAAUCACUAUGUCGAUAUUUUUCUUUGCCACAUUGGUGUACAGUAGACACUGUACCGUAUGGGAAUCUCACGUAGUACUUAGCAGGACAAACCAUCCGAGGUGGAUUCUCCCCGGCCAUUUUGGACGUCUUCUCCAGGCUCUUGUUUCAGACUUAAACUUGCUUAUUUUCCCCAGAGGAAAGACGUCAAAGCGUCCAGUGGUCUUUAUUGAUGUCAGAGGAAUGCAAAACGAGGACAUUCUCAUUGGUUUCAGCAUGUUACGCAACCUUGAAACGUGUCCCUCUUGCUCAUGCUUUUUUGUCACGGUCCUCAUGGUGCUCAUCAGUGUUGGUUUUUAUUUAUUUACUUAUUUUGUUUUUUGCGUGACACAACAUACAUGUAAUGAUAAGAAAAUAAGUUUAUUUAUUCAUGCCAUUUUUUAUAGUCCACCAAGGGUGCGAUGGUGUGAGCUUCUGAGAGACAUGGACUUCUUGAUCGUCCUCAGCUUUCGGGCCAAACCGGCACCUGACGCAGGACUACGCCGGCUGAAUGAGACCUGCGUUCGGGAUGGGACCAGGAUCUGUUUGGAUUGCACUCGCCAGAGGUUGUAUUCCACAGGGAAGGAUAUCACCGCUCUGCUUUAUUUUUCUAUCAUCGAGGACUUUAUUUCUUUCCUUUUCUCAAGAAGUCAUCGUCCAGCUUCAACCGAGGAAAUUAUCUUAAAGUCAUGACCCUGACGGGACUUCUGAAGGACACACACGUCCGUGUUGCUUUUAUUAGUGUGUGUUUCCGUGUUUGUGGGUCUGUUUGUUUUGUAUUUGUGCGUGUCUGUGUGUGUGUGCGUGUGUGUGUGUGUGUGUCUCAGUGUGACCUUGUGCGUGACACGUUUCUGUGCUCACCGCCUCCCUCGUCCUUUUCUCCGUCUUCGCCUCCCUCGCUCCCCCCCAAAUCCCAGCGUCCACAGAUUGAAACGUCUGCCCAGGAGCCAAGCGUGUGUCUUCUGUCCGGUGUCUUUAACAGGAGUCAUUUUGUGUGCAUGUGUGUGUUUGUGUGUGUGAGAAUGUGUGUGUGUGUGUGUGUACUAUAUGUGCCUCAUUGCACUAGGUGGGGAAAUACUGUCUUUCAUAGACAUUAGUUUGUAUUGUCUAUGUCGUCUCUGAACUCAGCUGCCAGUCAUUCAGCCCUCCUCUCCUCUCUAACCCUUUGCCUGAUGUAAGUAACUGUGUUGAUCGUGUACUUCUUUCAGUAAUUUGUGUACUGUAUGUCCGAGGGGGGGAUAAAAAAAACAGAUGGCACGGCGAUUGAAGGUUAAAUUGUUGGGUGUUUUUUGAUUAAAUUUAUGAAGGACCAAAAGAAAAGAGAAAAAGAA